CCCAUAAAAAUAUCAUUAUCCUUAGAGAUUGCUUGCUUGGUUAGUUUGUCUCCAAAGCGCUAUGAUUCCCCUCAUACAAAUAGUUAAUUUGUUUUUAUACGUCUUUAGCAGGUUAAUCGAAAAUAUCCCAUUUAGAAAAAUUCCCAUAUCGACGAAAUGCUUGGUUGGAAAAACAGCUAUUGUGACCGGUGGAAAUAGAGGUAUUGGAUUCGCUACAGCGACAGCAUUGGCUUCAAGGGGCUGCAAAGUGAUCAUAGCUGAUUCUCAAAAUGGAGAACUAUCAAGAGAUCAAAUAAUUUCUGAUACCGAAAACAAAAACAUCGUAUACAAACAUUUAGAUCUGUCAUCUCUUCAGUCUGUUAGAGAUUUUGCUGCUGACAUCUGUAAGACAGAAGACAAAAUUGACAUAUUGAUAAAUAACGCUGGAAUUGGUGUAACAAAAAAAUUGGUAUCAGAAGAUGGUUUGAACUACAUUAUGCAAGUCAACAUUUUUGGAGCUUUUUUGUUGACUCAUCUUUUAUUGGAUCUCCUAAAAAAAGCGAAAUCAGCCAGAGUUUUAUUCGUAAGCUCCAUUUUCGUUAACACCCAUAACCUGAAUUUGGAUACCCUCAAUAUAACUAAUUAUAAUAUGGACGACCAUUACAGAACAAUAUUGUACAGCAAUUCGAAAGUUUGCUGCAUAUUAGCAGCACAAGAGUUCAAUAGAAAAUUGAAGAAACAUGGUAUAAUUGCGAAUGCCAUUGAUCCUAUUGGUGUGAAGACUCAAAUAUUCCAAACCAUGAAAUACUUCAACAAUGUGUUGGUAUCUUCAGGGUUGGCUCUCCUUUUGAAUAUAUUCCAUCAGAAUGUUCAAGAUGUUGCUAACCAUUACCUACACGUAAUCACAGAAAAAGAUGAAGAGGAAUCAACAGGCCAAAACUAUGUUUUAUCGAGCAUUGCAAGAAAACCCACAAUUCUCAAAAACAGUCAGUUUUGCGAAGACAUCUGGUGUAAAAUGGAGGAAAUAGUGGGACUGAAACCUAAAGAAAAAAUUAGUUCUUAGAUCGUUAUAACUAAUCUGUAAGAAGUUUUUUGUAUAAGUGUGAAUUCAAAUAAAUAUAAUCUACUUUUUUAGUA